AUGGUUGUCGGCAUUGUGUUCUCUGACGAAUACAGACAGCUCACCUGCACUUCGCCUAAAUUUCUAAACCGAUACGCGAUGGUGAUGGAUUUGAUCAAUGCAUACGGCAUCGUACGCGAUAUGGUUCGCAUCCCGCCGGCUUCAUUUGCUUCCGAUGAACUAGCCAUCAAGGAGUUGUCCGUAUUUCACUCGUACGUCACUCUUUUUUUCAGUUUGUUACUUGUAUACAUGGUCCUAUUGCUUCUAGAAUUCAGAAAAUGCCGCCCCCUUGCACUCGAUGACUAG